AGCACAAACAAAAUACGACACGGUUAAUGAAGUUGUCAUCAUCUACUUCUUACGACAUGCUCCUAGGGACACGAGAACUAGAUCUCUAUGCUCAGAUUACUCACCAAAAAGGCAUUAAACAAAUCAUAAAUACAUUCCCAUUUAUAUUAAACAAACUUCUCUUUUUAGAAUUUGUUUUUUUUGGUAUUUAAAGGUUAGAUUUUUAUAGAAUUUUUGGGAGAAUUAAUUAAUAAACGAGAACAAUGGCUGAGAAGAAAGAACCAUUGUUGUUGAAGAACUACUAUACUUAUAACGAGGAUUGUCCAGGUUGCAAAGUUGAUAAGCGAAAAAGAGAGAAUCCUAAUCUUCCAUGGCUUCAUUUCUUCUUCAUAUGGAUUAUUACUCUUUGUGCUUCUUUGCCGAUUUCAUCCAUAUUUCCCUUCCUUUACUACAUGGUGAGGGACUUCAAUAUUGCAAAACGGGAAGAAGAUAUUAGUUUCUAUGCCGGUUUUGAGGGAUCUGCAUUCAUGAUUGGGAGAACAUUGACAGCUGUUUUAUGGGGAAUGGUGGCUGAUCGUUAUGGUCGAAAACCUGUCAUGAUUUUGAGCACAUUUUCAGUUGUGAUAUUCAACACAAUGUUUGGCCUGAGCACUAGUUAUUGGAUGGCACUUCUUGCAAGAUUACUUCUUGGAGCUUUCUGCGGCACACUUGGUCCAAUGAGGGCAUAUGCAACAGAAGUUAGCCGUAGAGAGCAUCAAUCUUUGGGUGUGGCAAUGAUGACUUCUUCAUGGGGUAUUGGUUUGGUCAUAGGCCCUGCACUUGGUGGUUAUCUUGCUCAGCCUGCUGAUAAAUUCCCAAGUGUAUUUUCUCAAGAAUCAAUUUUCGGGAGGUUCCCAUACUUUUUAGUUAACUUGGUCAUAUCAAUCUUUGCAUUCGGUGUAUUCAUUCUCUGCUUCUGGCUCCCGGAAACAUUGCACACAUGCACAAUAAAUGCUGAUGGCACAACUAAGGAUCUGUCUCAUGAUAUAGAGGAUGUUGACACUCAAAAAUUGCAAAACGCCGAAGGAACUUCAAAUUCGUGGCUCAGCCUUCUUCGAAAUUGGCCUUUAAUGUCAACUAUCAUAGUAUACUGUAUGUUCCAGCUACAUGAUAUGGCGUAUAUUGAGAUAUUCUCAUUAUGGACUGUAAGUCCGAGGACUGUCGGAGGAUUAAGUUUAUCAACUGAAGAUGUUGGUCAAGCUCUUGCUGUAGCAGGAGUUGGUUUGUUAAUUUGUCAACUACUUCUCUACCCAUUUUUGGAGAGAAAAUUUGGUCCAAUCACAGUUUCACGUGUUGGAGCGGUAAUUAGUAUUGUAUUGCUGUCAAGUUAUCCCUUCUUCGCUAAAUUAAAGGGCACAAGUCUCUCACUUGUGGUGGAUCUAGCUUCUGCACUGAAAAAUGUGCUUUCGGUUUCAAUAACUACUGGAUUGUUCCUCCUGCAAAAUAGAUCUGUGAGCCAACAUCAAAGAGGAGCUGCAAAUGGACUUUCUUUGUGUAUCAUGUCUUUCUGCAAAGCACUUGGUCCUGCUGCUGCUGGAUCCCUUCUCUCUUGGGCACAAACGCGUCAGAUGGCUAGUUUCCUUCCAGGAACUCACAUGGUUUUUUUCAUACUUAAUGUUGUUGAAUUUCUUGGAUUGCUGAUGACUUUCAAGCCUUUCCUUGCAAGCCCUGCUCAUGAGUAUUUUUAGUUCGAAACCAUCAGAUUGUAACAGAUGCAGAAAAGAAGUUAAACUUCAACACAGAAAGAAGUUCUUCUUCUUCUUCUUCUUCUUUGACAAGCAAGAAAAGCAACAGAAAAGGCAGAAGCUAACCAUACCUUGCAAGGCCUCUGCCGGGAUUCCGUCUAAGUACUUCACAUUCAUGACAUACUAUUAACAGAAGCAGAAAAGAAGUUAAAUUUUGGUCAUUGAAUUCUGAUUAUUCAUGUCUCAACCAUCACAUUCUGUAGGCUCUACGACCGCUGUUUACGUCUGAGCAAUUAGCCUAUUAGCAGUGUAUCAAUUCAGUGUAGGCCUAAGAACAACGAGCCAAUUUCUCCUUUAUAAUGGUUGUUUCUAAAUGUGUUUGUAAUCAGCUAUCAGCAUACCUGUUUUUUGAUUGUUUCCGAAAGAAAUUAAUAAAACUUAGGAAUUUUGUUACAAAGGUUA